AAGACAUGCUCUUUUCAAGGGGUCCCUUUUAAAGAGUUUGUAAAAUAAUGAUGCAGAUGAACAAAACAGCGCGCGAAUGUGACGUAACGGGGUGGGUCCAAUUGUGGUCACGUGAUAUUUGGCGUGGUAAAGCAAGCGAGGUAUCUAAACCACCAUAAACAUCACGCUGCGACACUCUUGUUACUAAAUAAGGGAUACUCUCUGGUAAUUUCAUUCAAGCUUCUCGAAAAUACCCCUAUUUUAAUUUCUGCCGAUUUAAUCAGCAUCAUGGACGGCGGAGUGACGGUAGUUUCCAAUCCUGUUGUGAAUGUGCGCCUAACAAGCUCCAUCUCCUCCUUUGAGGUGCAGCGCAGGUUCAAUAGAGGGAUUAGUAUAGGAGAACUGAAGGGAAAAUUGGAGAUGGUUUUGGGUGCAUCUCCCUCCUGCAUGGACCUGGAGUUGUUCAGUGUCUCUGACAAGUUCCUGCAGAAAAUGGACGACAAUGAAGCUCUGCUGGGUUCAUAUCCUGUGGAUGAUGACUGCAGAAUACAUGUUACCGAUAAAAGUGGUCAGAUGAGCGAGUUCACUGAUGUUUCCAAGGUGGAGAAGUUUGAACUCCCAGAUGACUCGUAUGAAAAGAGAACCGAUUCAGCAAGGUCAUUCAUGAAGAAACAUCAGGUUGGUGUUUAUAACGAGGAAGAAGUGGCCAAGAAGAAAGCUGAGCUUGCUGCUCGGAAGGAGGAGCAGAAGGCUGCUGCUAAUGCUAUUUCUGUUGGCAGCAGGUGCAAAGUGCAGUUAGCAGGGCAACCGACAAAGCUUGGCACAGUCAUGUAUGUUGGAACAACAGAUUUCAAGCCAGGCCACUGGGUGGGACUGAAGUACGAUGAGCCCAUGGGAAAGCAUGACGGAACUGUCAAUGGCAAGCAAUACUUUGAAUGCGAGAACAAAUAUGGAGGAUUUGUGAAGCCCCAACAUGUGACUGUGGGAGACUUUCCUGAGGAGGAUUACGGUAUCGAUGAGAUGUAGGACUGUAAUGUUUCAGUGAGUUUUCCUGCCCUAACAUUUGAGUGUCGACCUCAAGCUGGUUCCAUUCACCUACCAGAGAGGAUGCAAAGUCUUUGUCAUCAUAACAAAUGGAUUUUCAGUUUUUUUAUUUUGUGCCUCUCUGUGGGGCAUGAUCCAAAGCACGGGGUUUAAAGAUCUGUGUGUCUUGCUCAAAUUAAGGAGAAUACAGAAUAAGGAGAAUGUCUGAUAGUCCAUCUCCUGGUUUGCUAAAUAUGAGAAUGGUACAGGAUAACGACCAACAAUGUUUAAUAAAAGGGGUUUGGUUACAUGUAUCACAUCAUAAUGAAGGUCAAUAUGUUGACCUUUUACUCCAUGCACUUCUGAUUCAUUUAAUUGACUUGCUUUUGCAGUACCUGUUGCUUCCAAGUUUUCUGAACAUUGAAGUCAUCUAUGUAAUCUGAAAGCCUGUAUUGACAGUUUUAACACCAGUUGAAUUUCUCUUCAUUGCUUUUGUAUCGGUUAGUACAAAGAUGAUUGUAUAUAACUGUUUAUAUUUUGCAGUUGUCUUUGCAUUUUUGUGAUGACUGUUAUUUGCUGAGAGUGGUCAUAGGAAAAAUCCUCCCUAAAAUACUUUAGCAUUGAUUUAUUUAAUCUCUUACCUUGUAUACCAGACUAACAUACAUCAUAUAUAUCUCCAAUUAGUAAAAUGGAGACAAUAUUUGAUUAAAAUCAGAGGUUAAUCAAACGUAUUUCACUCAAGUGGAAAGAUUAAUGAAUAUCCUCCAACAGUAGUCUAAAUAUUCCAUAGUGUAACAAAGCUUCUUAGAGCUUCAUAGGGUUUCAACCUUUGUAAAGAGGUUUUUAAAUUAUAGUGUUGGAUGUUUUCUCACUAAACAUCACUAAAUUCCUUUCAUUUCUUUUUUUCUUUGUUAUAUGAUAAACCUCAUUUUUAGAUUUCCAAGUGGAUAAAAAUAUGUAAGUCCCAGUAAUUUUACUCUUAUUGAAUAUUUCUUGUCUAAAAACUUAAAUGUAUGCAAUUGAAAGUGUCCUGCUCAUAUUGAACCACUGAAAUAAAGCAAUAUUUUAAGUUUAAAUUGUGGGGGUCCAAAUGUGAAUGAUGAAAAAAUAUUUAAACUAAGCUGUUGCGUAGGCAAAUGGAUGACAAAAUCUAAAAAUAAAUGGUAAUAAAACUACAUUUUAAAGUCCUCAGUUACAUCUCAAAAAAUUCUGAACUAUGAAACUGAUAUUAAAAUGCGCUCUUUAUUUAAUUUUAGUCAAACCUAAUGAGGCUUCUUGUUUAUUAUAUACAUAGUUCCAUUUAAGCAUGACACACUGAUUUUCAUUCAGUUUAAGUACAAUCUUUUAGCACUUUCUUUUCUUGUCCUUUAGAACAGUUUUACGGUGGUUUAAGUGAUAGACAAUUUGUGAUGUUAAAUUUAGAAGCAAACCUGUGUUUCGCAUCUGUAAAUGUACUUGCAAUGUACCAUUGUACGUAUUGUUUGGAUUACUAUAGAGCAUUAAUAUUUAAAAACAAGUCAUCAAUUAUAACUCUCUUAUCUAACUCACUAUCUCCAUUGUAACCCAACACAGCUUUCAAAAAGGAAUAAUAUGCUUUGCUUGGUUUUAUGUUACUGUUCCAAUACUUCAUCCUAAAGUUUACAGAAGAAAUGUUAAUAUUGUUUUUCAGAAGAUAUGUGUGAUGACCACAAAUACAGACCAUUUCUGUAUUGUAGUGUUUUUUUUGUUGUUUUUCUUUAAAUAAUCUCUAAGGUGCUUGUGUUACUAUGUGCCAAAGGGUCAUGCAUAUUAUUAAAAAUGAUUUGCCAGUA